GCGUAUGCUGGACUGAAACGCACACAAGGGGGCACUGCACACACACGCAAUAAAUAAGUAAACAAUCCCAGCUGUAAAAAGGAAACCAUGAGUAGGCCUAAGGAAGUUCAAUUUAGUGUUGAAGUGAUCGAGAAAUUAUUAGCAAGCCAAGAUGGUUGCAGUAAUGUUUGCACAUAGAUGGUGUUCUGUCUUAGGUUGUAUAGAUUGUUGAGAGCUAUUACUGUGAUAACGAAGUCACGUCCACAUAUUAGCAAUAAAUAAAUAAAUAAAAACCCAUUGAAACAAAUUCCUUAAAAUACCAUUCAGUCCAGUACUACUGGACUCCAAAGUGACUCAGUCAGUUCAGAACCUCACCCACAAGUGUAGGCUGCACCCCUUAGUACCAGGUUCAAGCACUGGCCAUGUCAUCAGCUGACUGUGACCUGGAGUCUACAGUAAUUUGACACAAUUGGUCUUAUCCUGCCAAACUUGGGAUGGUUUACCACUGCAUUAGUUCCUCCUAAUGACUGGUCAGAGAUCAUCAAUCACCUUGUGCAGAUACAUUUGGAGUCUUCAAGUGGAAUAACUUCACUUUGUUGAGGACUGCCCAGGCAUUAUGGCUCCAUUAUUUUUUUAUGCAACCAGCCUCUUGCUUUUUCUUUCUCCAUCAUCAUGGGCACAACCAAUGUACCAACCUGAAUCAUGUAUACCAAGUGAUGAGUUUGGUUCAUAUUGCCCCACAACAUGUGGAGUUGCUGAUUACCUGAACAGGUAUAAGCCCAGUGUGGACAAAAACCUCAAUGACUUAGAGGAUUUACUGGAGAAAAUAGGAAAUCAAACCAAAGGUGCAGAGGAAAAGGUGGUUUACAUGAAAGAUUCUGCCUCACAUGCCCAAAGGUCCACUCCACCAGAUUUUUACAUCAGAAGAUCAUCAGCUAUGUUGGAUGACAUCCUGAGAUUUGAAAAAAGCAUUGUUGCUCAAGAGGCUCAAAUAUAUGAGCUUCAUCACCUUUUGGAUUCAAAUGACAAGAGAAUGCUCCAGGUCAGACACCUGUCUCUUCAGCUGGAGAGGGAAUGUAAAGAUUCAUGCCAGGACACCAUUCAGAUUCACUCCACCACAGGAAAAGACUGUCAGGAUGUUGCCAACAAAGGUGCUAGGAGCAGUGGCUUAUAUUUCAUUAAGCCCCUGAAGUCAAAAGAGCAGUUCCUGGUCUAUUGUGAGAUUGACAGCUUCGGAAGUGGCUGGACUGUGCUUCAAAGGAGGCGGGAUGGUAGCAUUAGCUUCUCUAAGGACUGGAUUCAGUACAGAGAGGGCUUUGGCUACCUGUCUCCAGACGACACCACUGAGUUCUGGCUGGGCAAUGAGAAGAUUCACCUGCUGUCCACUCAGUCCUCUAUUCCAUACGUGCUACGGAUCGAACUGACCGACUGGGAGGGCCAGAAAAAGCAUGCAGAUUACGCCAUGUUCAGAGUGGCACCAGAGGCAGACCACUACCGCCUGACGUACGCCUAUUAUUUCGGAGGGGACGCUGGCGAUGCCUUCGAUGGCUUUGACUUUGGGGACGACCCCAGCGACAAGUUCUUCACCUCCCACAACGGAAUGCAGUUCAGCACCGGUGACAGGGACAACGACAAGUACCAGGGGAACUGUGCCCGACAGGACGGGUCUGGCUGGUGGAUGAACCGCUGUCACGCAGCUCAUCUCAAUGGCAAAUACUACCAAGGUGGAAAGUAUACUGCAAAGGAUGCUGGUCAAUAUGAGUAUGAUAAUGGCAUCAUUUGGGCGACAUGGCAUAGCCGCUGGUAUUCCAUGAAAGAGACCUCCAUGAAGAUUAUCCCCAUUAACAGGAUGGCCAUGGGUGGGGGGCAACAGACGGUAAAACAGUUUGGAGAUCUGGGAGACAUCUAAAGGACAAAGCUUUAUGCUUCUGAGAACAGGACUUAAGCUAUUACAUGUAUUGUACACCAUGUUUGUUCCUGAAUACCUCAAUAUCUGUCUCUCGUUUGUUUGUACUUGUGUAUUUGUGAAAUAAAUGAUUCUAUGUUCAAAA